AUGGCACUACUGACUCAGUUACAACAGUUCCACGUUGAUAAACUAUCCAGUGCUCACGUUUACGUUCGUCUGCAACCCGGCCAAACAUGGCUUGAUAUACCUGAAGCAGUUGUUCAUGAUUGUGCUCAGCUGGUCAAAGCCAACAGUAUUGAGGGCAACAAGAAGAAUGGCAUUACCGUCAUCUACACUCCUUGGGACAAUCUCAAAAAGACGCCAGGCAUGGAGACAGGCCAAGUAACAUUUCACAACAACAAAAAAGUGAAGCGUGUCUUUGUGGAAAAGCGCAUCAAUGAAGUUGUCAACAGACUCAACAAGACAAAGGUGGAGCGUUUUCCAGAUUUGUUGCAGGAGAAGGUUCAGAGAGAAAAGAUGGAUAGGUUGAAGGCUCGUGAAGGCGAGUUUGCUGAAAAGGAGAGAGCUCGUGUGUUGGCUGAGGAGAAGAGAAGAUCUGAAAAAGAGAUCAAUGAUAUGUUUGAUCCAUCGCUAAUGAAGAGCAAUUAUAGAGACACUGAAGUUGAGGAUAUCAACGCAGCUGAGGAGGAUUUCAUGUAG